AAGAAAAUGAAAAUAUCAAGGUCCUGAGGACGAACUCGACCAAUUUAACAAUUGUUACCUAAGCAAAUGAGCGUUAUAAUUAAAUGAUAAUUACAUGUUUUAAAUAUGGAAACUGUUUUACAAGCUUCAUUUUAUGGAGCUUUGACAAAGGGGGAUCUUUAAUUAAACAGCUCUGAUUAUGUGUCAUAUAAAAAUGUUCAAGUGAAAUCUAUUCUUACAUUUAAAGUUGACUAUAAAGUUUUUUUUAUUUUAUUUAUCAUAAUGUUUUCCAGAAGUGUUAAAUAGGCCAAUAUGCUUUGCUUAAAUUAGUUACUAAAGUGCAUUUAGAACCAUUAGACUUUUAUUUUGAAAAGCUUGAGUAACGAAUAACCGGAAAACAUAACUGAAAUAAAUAUAAUUCAGUUCGUUACAGUGAUUGUUUUAGUGAGUAAGGAAAUGUUGGCUCAGAGUGAUGUUAUUGAUUGUAAUAUAAUGUGUAUAUAUCAAAAAAUACAGCAAAGAACAUGUUCAUGUCAUAGCUUUUGAGACACUGCGGGGCUUUUCAUAGCCGCCAUCUUUGUUCGGGGCAAAGAUGCCGAAAAGUUGUUCUGCAUAUAAUUGCACAAAUAGGUACAAUAACAAAAAUCCCGAGAUCACGUUCCACAGGUUCCCUUUCAGCAAACCAUCGGUUCUGAAACAAUGGUUAGAUAAUAUUGGACGUGACGACUUCCAGCCAAGGAAGCACAUGGUUAUUUGUUCGCUUCACUUCACCCCGGACUGUUUUAGUGGUUUGGGCAACCGCAAAAAUCUGUUGUGGAACGCAGUGCCAACUCUCUUUGCAGCCCCACAUCAGGAUGCAAAGCAAAAUAAUUCUAGGAAGAGGCUGAAGAGGGCUUUAAAAUCUGCUGCUGAUAAAUGUGAUGGCAUUGCACCUGAUAGGACACCUCCUUUCACUGAGGAUACUCAAACUGAAGAGAUGCAUGAGGAUGCUCAAGACUUUCACAGCAAUGUAGAGGAUUACUGUCAAAACACAAAGGAUUUAGCUGCCGCAGACCACACCUAUGCCCUUUCGGAUCCAUGCAUGGCCAAAGCCCGUCUGUUUAAUGUUUUAGAUGCCAACAGAUGGCUACAGAGAAGGUUGCAGACCAAAUGCAGAGUGAUAAAAAGAAUGAAAAUUAAACUGCAAGAUGCUCAAAGAAAACUUUUGACUUUGCGUCGACAGCUCAGCUAUAGAUACACACAUCGUCAAAGACAUUCACAGCUCCCAAUACAGUGUGGCAGUGGCUCCAAGACCUAGUCAAGCAGCAAUAAAGACCUCAGGUUGCACAAACAUCUUUGAACUAUAAAGAAGGCUGAACUUUGGUCAUGGGAAAGGGGUUAUUGUGUGCAACAAAUAUGUUUCUUCAAAAGGAAGAAAAGUGUUUUUUUUUUUUUUUUUUUUUUCUGUAAUUGGACAUUUAAGUCCAAAUAAAUCUGUACUUUGGUUUUGAUAGGACUUGUAUGAAACAUUUUAUGCCCCCCCCCAAAAAAAAAAGAA